AUGGCGACCAAACGCGAUUCCGGCGAGUGGGCAGGCCCGCGACGGCUUCCCUCCGUCAGGGAGAAGCUGUCCGGCUUCGUGAAGCGAGGCCGCGGCCUGGCCAAGAAGUCAACACUGUCGCUCAUCGGAGAGCGCAGCCAGCGACCAUCGCUGGAUGAGAGCCAAAAGGCCCUCCCGCGAGUUGAGGUGCAAGCCUUUGGGACGUCAAGCCUCGAGAUCGACUUGACCUCGCUCGAGGCUUUCCGCGACGUCCCGAUGCCGCCGCCACAAAAGAAACCGGAGCAACAACAGCCUCCACCGACGACCUCAUCCACGACCCCCAUUGCGGACAUGUUCUCCGCAAAAAGGACCCCUCUCACUGAGCCCUCACCAGCCAACAACUACUCACUCAACAAGUCUUCACCAUCACUCAUCGAUGCCUUGAAGAAGUCCACCAGGGCCGAGGACCGUCGUUCUAGCAUGGUCUCAUCGCAGGCGGCUCAGACGUCGGACCCUGCCACCAACGUGACCGUCAUCAAUCUCACUCACUCGGUGCCUCACACCGCGAAGCCAUGGCCGCCCCCAGAGAAGCCGCGCGCAACUGUACCUAACCGCCUACAAGCCAACAAGCCUUCGGACUCAAAACAGCCCGGUAGGAUACAGCUUCGCGAACCCCGGCGGGCCGCCUUCGUGCCAUCGGGUCCCGCCGCCAUCAACAUGCCGCCAAUGUCGAGGCCUCGCCUCAAUGCCGACAUCGCAUCCGAGAUCGUUGAAAAGCGCUACUCGACGCCGCCGACAGGACUGUCUUCACUGGGUGCGGCGCCAACUUCCGUUCCUGCCGAGACCAUCCGAUCAGAUCGGAGGAGGUCCUGGCAGCCGGCGCCGACGUCAGUGCCUUCAGGCAGCUCAACGCCGUCUGCACCACCAUCUGCGUCCGCGCCGUGGCGUAACGGACUGGGUAACCGACGCAUCUCACCGCGUCUCGCCACGGAUCGUCUGGCGUGGAUCAAGGAGCUGGAAGAGGGCAAGAAGAAGACAUCGAUCAAUGGCGAUCUCCCUGUUCUCAAGAGUGUGCAGGGCAGUGUGGCAGACAAGCUGGCUAGGUUCGAGCAGAAGCAGCAGCAACAGCAGCUGGCACCACUCACCCGCUCGAACUCGACCAGGAGUCGCAAUUCGUCGGUUGCGGACACCACCUUCUCCUCGUAUGGAGGCGCGGCUACGAGCCGGUCGUCACUGGACAGCCACCGAGCUUCAUCUGUGUUCUCGCACUAUGACGACACGUUCCGUGAGAAGAUGGAGCUUGUUGCCGGGCGUAAGGGUGAUGAGGAAGCUGAAGAGAGGCCGGCCCUGCAAAAGGUUACCACCAGCUUUGUGUCAAUCGGCAAGAAGGACAAGCAGGCAAGCGUCGACACGGCUCAGGCCGCUGAAGAGCCCAAGGGGGAUGAGAAGGUUGAGGAGGUUGAGAAUACUGGAGAUGAGAAGGUCCCUGACGUCAAGAUCGAAGAGUCCAAGGUUGAGGAGGCCAAGGUCGAGGAGGCCAAGGUCGAGGAGGCCAAGGUCGAGGAGCCCAAGGUCGAGGAGCCCAAGGUCGAUACGGUCCAAGCCGAGGAGCCUAAGGUCGAAGAGGCUCAAGUGGAAGAGCCCAAGGUCGAGGAGCCCGAGGUCGAGGAGCCUCAGACCGAGAGCGUCCAGGAGACUGAGGAUGUCGAGAAGGUUGAUGACGUGAAGGUUGACGAUUUCGAGAAGACCGUGGAGGCCGAGAAGAUCGAAGACGUUCACCAGAUUGAAAGCAGCGAGAACGUCGAGGAAGUCCAGAAUGCCGAGGAGGUCCGGAACGCCGAGAAGGUGGAGCUGGCCGAGGUCGUCGAUGUGCCUCAAGUUGUCGAGGAGGUCCCCGAGGUUGUCGCUUCCAAGGACGUCGCCGAGGUCCCAGUUACCGACAAGGCCGACGCCACCAAUGAGCCCCGCGAGAUCGACGCGACGCAGACUGCGGAGGAGCCCCAGGCGAUUUAG